AUGCUGCGGCGUAAAAAAACCAUCGGCCCGCGUGAGCGUAAACGUCCGAUUGAACACACCGGCUUUUAUCCCUAUCUGCGCCACUAUCUCGAAGCCACGGCGAUCAAGGGCUAUUCCCAGGACACCCGUGAUCGGCAUGACAGCCAUAUCCGCCGUUUUGCCGCCUGGGCCGCUGAACGCGGACUUGAUGCCCCGAACCAAGUCACCAAGCCGAUCCUGGAGCGUUACCGUAAGCAUCUUUAUUACAGCCGUAAAACCAACGGUGAACCGCUGUCGUUUAGCAGCCAGCAGGUGAUGCUGUCCUCACUCAAGAGCUUCUUUCGUUGGUUGGCGCAGGAAAACCACUUGCUUUAUAACCCCGCCUCGGAGUUGCAGCUGCCGAAACCACCCAAACAACUCCCGCGCACGAUCUUGAGUCAAGAGGACAUAGCCACAAUCUUACAGCAGCCUGAUCUGGACACGCCCAACGGUCUGCGAGAUCGGGUCAUCAUGGAGUGCUUCUACGGCACCGGCUUACGCCGCACGGAGUUGGCCAAGCUCAAGGACUAUGAUGUCGAUCUCAAACGCCGUGUUCUAGUGGUACGCGAGGGCAAGGGGAAUAAGGAUCGAGUGUUGCCGUUGGGUGAGCGUUUAGCGGAUUGGUUACGCCGUUAUACGGAAAACUGCCGCGAUCAGCUACGUGGGCCUGCCGAUGAUGAGCGGUUGUUCAUUACCGACUAUGGGGAACCGUUUACCGGCGGGUUGCUCGGCACCUUGGUCAAACGCUAUCUACGAGCGGCUGGCAUCGACGUAGUAGGAUCGUGCCAUCUGUUCCGCCAUGCGAUGGCCACCCACAUGCUGGAGAACGGGGCCGACAUCCGGUUUAUCCAGGUCAUGCUUGGGCAUGAGGAGAUUACCAGUACGGCCAUUUAUACUCGCGUGUCGGUGGAGAAGCUGCGCGACAUUCAUACGGCCACCCAUCCUACGGCACGGCGACGACAGGACAAGGGUGAUCCGGCAUGA